UCCGGGCGCGUUUUGUAUUCGAACUGUAUGUUAAGCAUUGACCAGAGUGUACAGGUAUUCUGUGCAUUGACGAAGCGCGUUGGAAUGGUGCAGCCGGGAUAGCCGAGUGUUCUGCCGGCGUUGACAAGGGUCUGGGUCAAGUAUAACGGUAGCUUGCACGGAACCGACGGAACUGCGACACACUGCCGGCCGAAUGGCGCCGCGACGUAAGCGGCUGUCGUCGUCUUCGCCGGAUAGCCGCAAAGGUAGCAGCAGCAGCGACGAAUCGUUGACCGAAUCGGACGUUACAUGCCCCGUGUGUCUGAGCAUGGUGAUCGAACCCGUGACGAUGCCGUGCGCGCACGAGGUGUGCAAAUCCUGCUUCACGAGCACCGUGCUCAUGGCCAACAAGGAGUGCCCCAUGUGUCGCAUGCGCAUCGCGUCGUGGGCGCGCAAAGCAGCCCGCGAGGGAACCCUGGUCAACCGGGCACGCUGGCAGAUCAUCAAGACCCGCUUUCCGAAGCAGGUCGCAAGGAGACUGAGCGGAGAAGACAGUCGAGCAGGAACCCCUCAGCGGAUUGUGCUGAGACCGCUGUGCAUGCCGGGUGAGAUCAGGCGUGAGUACGAGGAACAGCGUCAGCGUGCAGAGGCCGAGUGGCGCCGAGAGCGCGAGCUCGAAGCUCAGGAGGGUGAAGCCCUGGCCCAGCACUUGGCUUCGGAGGAAGAACGGGCCCUGGAGAAACAGCGGCGGCAGAUGCGACGGGACCAGCGGCUUGCCUGCCUCUGGGGCGUGUUUGGGGACACGCCGUCCGUGCUCGCUGCCUUCCCGCUUGUUCGUUCUUUGCUCGUGCCGGAGGACGACGACAAUGACAGUGCAUCUUCUUUCAUACCUCCGGAGGACAGGCCUCAAGAUGCCACAAGGAACACGGCACCGAUGACGCCCUUGAGUGGUGGCGUAAGCAGGCUGCACUCGCGCAGUGUGCAGACAACCCUGCUGGAGGUGCGGCAACAGGAGACACAGACAAGUGAGCACAGUCACGACGCCACGGCCUCCUACCAGGAAGACUGGGAACUGGCACGCCGCCUCCAGCGGAAGCUGAACCGACAGAGCAGAGCAGCACCCAAACGCACUUACAACCUGCGCUCUCGUGUUGUCGACUGAAGGAACGAAGAGACUGUACAUACAUUUACAUAGUUAAUACAUGACACUCUUUCAGUUGUGCUUGCUCGUCAUACAGACCAUCGUGCAUUUGUUUUCUUGAUCUGCUUAAUCUUUAUAUUUAUCCGAUUUUUAGAGUUCAGGCAGUCGUCCCACAGAGAUUGCGUUCAUCUUGGUCUACAGUGUCGCGUUGUUGAGACAGUGUGAAAUGUAGCAGCCAAACUUGUAAAGGUGGGCAAACUUGUGCUCGGCAGAACAAAAAACUCGCACUUACAAUCGGCCUCUUCUGCUUUUGCAGUUUUGGCAUCCCGCUGGUAGCCAGUUGGCAACCAUAGUUGUAUACAACUUAAGUCUGCAGAGGUCCUCCUCAGACGACCAAGCGCCAUUGCCCAUUGCCUCUGCAACUAAAAAAAAAAAUAUAGUCCAGCUUAUGAGUAGGGUAGGUGGAGUCUCAUGGAUCAUAACGUGUAUUUAGAGUGCGAGACCAUCAGUGCAGUCUUAUAUUCAUAUGCCUUUGAGAAGAAAGUGCCGCAGACUUUUAAAGUUGUAUCCCACUGUAGCUGGUUUUGGUUGUGACACGCAACAAUGUUGUCACGUGUUCUGGCACACCAAGCCAUACCAAAGCUGCCUGAAGGUUGCAUAAGCGAAUGCUAACAGCUAGCAUGAACGUGAACAGGUGCUACCAGUGUGAUGGCAACAGUCGUAACUUCAUGCUGCAUGAGGGCAUGAAGUUGGUUUUUCUGCAUUGGUAUAGGUUUGCCAAGAAAGGUGAAGUGACACUCGAGCGAUCGUAUUUGGGAAUGCAAAUACGUACGCUACAAUGUACAAACAGCACUUCGAAAUUCUCGUCUGUGAACAGAACUGCCGGCAUUUUUAUAACGGCACAUAGCCAGCUACUCCACUGCAGACAGGCAUAAAUAACAAUGCAACCCUUUGCACAGUGCAACAAUUGCUCUGAUGCAAUUGUCCUGUACCAUGACGCAAAACCUUGUAAAACUUGUUGCAUCCUUGAAAGCGACAGCUUGAGAGCUAAUAAAAACCAAGCUACAAAUGUUUGCUGCCUCACGUAAUGGCAUCAUCUCGCACGGUGGAAUGGGCUUUCAAAGAUAUGAUAGGUGUAAAAAAUAGAGCCCACAGGCGUAUGUGUUGAAAUCCGUUGAGUCCUCAAAGGAUGGCGGCAACUGGGCAUCUGCUAGCCAGGAAAUGGCCGAAAGUGCCUACAGAACAAAGUUAUCUUGGUGCUCAUGGUGCUUGACAACCAGCUCGAAGGUUGCGGGGUUGAUUUUCGGCUGUGGCGGCUGCAUUUUAACGGAGACGAAAUGCCAGAGGCCCGUGCACUUAGAUUUCGGUGCACGUUAAAGAACCCCAGGUAGUCGAAAUUUCUGGAGCCCUCCAGGAGUCAUCCCUCAUAAUCAUACUGUGGUUUGUGGACGUAACUAUUAUAUUUUUAUGCGCCGCUUACCUAAAGGACGAAGAAGUAGAGGACUGCUCUGGCAGUCCUCAACUGAAGUGGUGCCCGUUCUCGCCAUCUCAGUUGUUUUUACCCGCAUUACUGUGACUGUAAAUAUUGUAAAUACACCCAUUUUCUGUCAUCUCCUUGUAACAAUGUUGUUGUUUAUGUGGUCCUGACAGGUUCUGACAACCCAGACGUCGUCAGAAUCAGCCAGCAGCGAUAAAUGAAUGUACACUAAAAGUGCAACGUGCCGUGGGCGGAGCAACUCAAUGAGAAAAAAACAAGUGCGUUCUCACGUCCUCUAAUAGCCUGCAGGUAGCCAAAUGUGGCCAGAAGUGGAAAAUUGAGAAGGCUCAAUGACUGCGGUGAGCACGGUUGUUGGCCACCAAGAAUCGGAUAUGUGGAUCUAACGCGAUGGAUAUGAGUACCGGCAGAUUACAGCAUAAUCGCUAGCGCUCGCAUACGCUUGAGAUUGUACUCGGCUAUUUGCAGCAAUUGAUAAAUCUGGUUAGACAGUUGAGAAGGUUCAAGCAGGCAGUGGUCAAAUGUACAGGGGUGGUCUAUACCGAGAGCUAAUGCUUGCGACAGGUAGCCGGAAAAUUUUGGUAGCGGUGAGAAAGAUAAAAAAAGCUUGUUACUUGAAUAAAACACACCAAAACAUAGGGCAUGUGAAAGAAGUAUGCAUACAAUGCUGGCAGGUUAAGCCAUUGAUGUGCAUCAAAACCAGUUGAGAAGACGCCUCUCGAAGAAGGAAAGGUCAGAGGCUAAUGGCUGCUUCGUCAUGUACAUUGAUGUUUCUGUUAAAAAACUAUUCAGCAUUGUGUGUGUCUGCUUCUGUCACCCUGCAUUUUUGACAGCUCUUCAAGUAACAUGACUUUUCUAUAAACUUUUCUUUUUUCUUUUUUUUCUGUAGACUUUUCUAUAAACAAGUGCAUGUUUCGGUAUUCAAGAAAAGUUCAGAAGUGUCUGGGAUUUCAAGCUGCAGAAUGCUCGCCAGUGAUGUGGCUAACAUUGCCAGUAGCUUGCGCAUAAAGCCUCAGAUAUAUCGCCUGCAUACCAGAAACCAGGUCAUUCUAGAGAUGAGCAUUGAUUAACUUUGGCCGUCUGUUUUUUUUGCAGUCCAAGCUUGUGCCCUUAGCCCUUUCAGAUGCCAGCUCAUAAGCACUGUCUGUAAAUUUGUCAAAUCACUACAAUGUUACUUCAAGGCACUUAAUAUUCUAUUGUAACAAAAAUACUGAGAUAAUUUUUAAAUCUAUGUGUGUUAGAGUAAUUAAGUUGCAGUUAAAUAUGUAUUUAUCCAGAAGUAAUUGAUGCUCACUUUUGGCAUAAACAGAAUCUAAUCUCAGGCUAGAAAUAUAGUGAAAAUUCAUUUUUGGUUAUGUUAAUCAUGAGCAAGAAAAAUUUCUGCUUGUCACAUUGCUUGCAGGAAGCGGCACGGCGCACGACUCGUCAAAUGUGGUAGUGCCUUCAAAAAAGUGAUAAUAUGUAUCAGUACUCUGCAAAAUGAAGUUUAAAGAAGACAAUUAUGCAGGAGGGUCAAUUCACCUAAUGUACGAUAUAUCUUGCUCUUUCUUAGCCUCUACUUGUUGCAAAUAACAAAAACGAUUGGUGUACACAAUUGUGUACGUAGUGUCUCAAAGGGUUAAAGGGGUACUGACACAAAAAUUUUUGCCCCGCAUUUUUUCGCUCUAAUGUGUUCCUGGGGACCUGUUAGUCAUAACACGACACAUCGUUUUUGUCAGCGAGCGAGAAUUAAUUACAGGCUCGUUAUGACCGACCAGUGUCACAUUCGGUAUCAAAAAACGAUAAGCCACCAGGUGCUGCUAUACCACUUGGUGGGUGCAACGCUCGACCAUGCCAGCACAUAGAACUGUAACGCACUUCCAAUGAAGAAGCUUUUUCAGACAGGAAACGGGACGGAAACGUCAUCAAACGCAAAACCUUCAUCUUGUGCGCUGCGGCCACGGAUUCAUGAGCAGCGGCCGAGUAAUAGCCUGCCGGAGCAAACGCUACAAAAAAAAAAAAAAAAGAGGCUAUGACUUCGUCAUAACUUGCCGCAGCGUGGUCACGUCAGGGAAGUAGGGGGUCCCCAAAGGUCCCCUUUGAGGGUGUCGCUAGCCCGAUGGAGUCGAUGGCUCACGCAAACUUCGAAAUUAAUUCAAAUACCUUCCAAGCUAUAUUCGCUGUUAAUAUUUGGCAGAUGAUAUAUGCAAAUUCACGUAAAUCGAUCCCUCAGGCUAUCUUGGCCAUGAAAUUUUGUGUCAGUACCUCGUUGAGGAUAGCACUUGUUGAAUGAAUGUGUGUUAAGGUUAUGUGCAAGCGUGUCUUAUUUUUGUACUGUGUUUCAGGAAGAGCUCGAUGCGAACAACCUGAAUGUAGGCAGUGAUGUGAACAUAGACAAUGUAUCUCUAAAGCCUCAUUCUGUAUAUGGUGCGAAGUUUUCAGUUGACAGAUUUCAGUACACUGAAAAAAGAAGUGUUUUUAUGUGAGCGCUUCGCUUGCCAUAACCACUGAGGUGUUGUGUAUAUAGUAUGCAUUUUUGCUGCUAAUUCAACUUUUGUGUUUUCGCACGGAUGAGUCUACACGUAACUAUCUUGGAACAAAUUUUUGUCUUAUUUGGACAGUUUCUCAACGUUCAAAAUGUUUUGUGAGGAGGUUAGAAGCUGUUCACCUGUACCAAUUUAGUGCCUACUCAUUUCGGGUGCAAAGAAAAAAAUUGCAGCAUCAAUACGAAGUGAACGGUGAUGAGUGGGCAAAGCUCCGGUGUAUUAUUCCGGUGACCGUGAAUCCCCUGCACAUUGCCCACAUGAAUAUGCAAAUGAGUGACAACCCGUGUGUUCAGUAUCACAAUGCUGUUUAAUUGACCGUCAUAAGGGUCGAUUCCGCGAGGGCCUUUUGUAGGUGAGAGCACUUUCAUGAUUGUUUUUCUCCGUGGCAGACAGAGAAUGCGUGGGCUGGAACACGCUUGUUUGUCAGCGUCAUGGUGUAUAGUGGGUACCUUACAUGUGCUGCGCCAUGAUUGCAGAAAAAGAAUGUGUGAUCUGGAAUUAAUUUUUUUUCAUUGUCAUGAGCUUUACGGUCAUUGUUAUGGUGUAUAGUGGGUACUAUGAAUGCGCUUGUUUUUCAUGUUCAUCGUCAUGGUGGACGGCGGGCAUGACUCGACCCUAAGUAGCUUCGCCGCUAAAAAAACAAAGAGCCAGAGCUAGCAGUGCUUCGAGCAGUGGAGGAAAGCACUCACCAUUCGUGGCAUUUACCUCGUUGUGCAUCCAUUCCUUGAACUCAGUGCAGUGUAGGCAAUCACGACUGUGGUGUGUAGCUGUAUUUUUUUCCACUUUCGAAUUCUGUCGCUUUCAUUCUCAUAAUUCUAUGGAACAUUAUGGAGCAGUUUUUUUUUUUAUGCUGUGCUUAUCCGUUCAAAGCCUGUAACUGUAUUCCGAGACGAUCAGCUUUGUCGAUAUCACUUUGGAGAUAGCACACCGAUCGGCUUGUUGAGGAAAGGCAGGCUAGUAGUCAAUGGCAUGACCCUGAAAGUUUUGAACUUAAAUACCGAUAAGGCAUCAGAGGCCAACUGCUUUAAAGUUGCUGUGCUGUCUUAUUCAAAGUAGCAUAUACGUAUACCGAAAAGUCCACGAGAAAAUUAGAACUCUUGAAAAGGUGGGAAAGUUCGCUGUGUCUUUUGGUAGGCACACGAAAACCCUGAAUAACUAGCGGCAAUCCUGGAAUUGUUUAAGGGGCAACUAAAAAUGGAGUCUUUCAGAUCGAGACACUCGUGAAUGAUGUCGUCUGCUGUGUGGUGUGUUGACCACUCGUUCAAAGGAAUUUCGUUGAUCAGUAGAAUGUCUAGAGAUGUCUAGACUGAUACCACACAGAAUGCCUCCAUUACUACUACUGGGUACAUGAGUCAUCUGGCUAAAAAUGUUGCUAACGGGAAUAUCAUUACACCAGUGGCCUUGCCAAGCAUCACUUCUGUGAUUUAUACUAGUAUUCUUUUGUAAAAAACUCAUAAAUUUAGCCAAAGUGAUACUUUGUGGCAGUUGGUUUUUGCAUUCAACCGUUAGUGGUGGUUGUCUUUUUGUGCUGUUUUUAUUUGAAGUAUGUGACGCAUUGAGAGUUAAAUGUACGGGUCAUUACAUGCUUUAUAUUCAUUGAGGGCAAAAAGUAUGCAUUUUAUAUUUUUACUUAUAUGGGAGCUUUAGUAGCUUUAGCACAUAUGACUUGUAUUAUCCUUGCACUAGACGCGUGUUGCGCCAUUUUUGAAAGUUGGGUGCUCGGGUCACAUUUUACUCAUACUGUGUUUUUAACACCAUCUCACGAGUACAUCCACGCUUGCUCACAUUGAGCCUGCCAUGUUGUGUCAUUUUAACUGUGUGCAGUGUUCCUGCAUUUUUGCUUGUAUUUGGAAUGAACUUCCGUACCAAGCCUUAGGAAUGCACUUCAUGAAACUCAUGACAAAUAGGCGACUAGCCAGCAUCAGGUGUUGUUCAAAGCAAACUUGCGUUUUACAAUUUUAUGCAGUUUGUUUUUACAUUAACUUAUUUUGGCAUUAUCCUGGCAACUUCAGCCAGGAUAACCGUUAUGACACCGUUAUGGCCCUUUGAGCCGUUUGACACCUGGUAUCUGGAUGUACAAGUGUAGUCUUUGUAUCUAGCUGUUGAAGAACUGGUGUUCUGAUGAUUAUUUUUCUAUUAUUUUUGUCAUUUAUGCUUUUAUUUUGUAGUGGAAAGUUAGUCUGUCGGGCAUUUCCCACUCCUGCAUUGUGUUGUGUAACCAUAGGAUUGGAAAUUGAGCUGUGAAUUAAGCGAUUUAUAUUUGUGGACUUGCCAACUGUUAAAGCAUUUCUUUUGUUCUUGUCCUUUAUGUUUUGAUGAAGUAAUAUUUGCAUUUACAUUGCUGCUGUUCUGUAACAGUCCUGUGAACCUGUGAUCCUUUCUUUCUUAUUCUUUUUAGAUGAGCAUUGAUAUGUAUGGUCAAAAUGCUUUUUGCAAAGUUGUUCAAUGGUGAGUGAGGCUGGGAAGCAUGCAAGACAGGCAGUUGGCUUUCACAUUGCCUGAUGGAUUAGAAAAUGCUGUAAUUGUGUUUGGUAAUUGAAUGGUUAAGCUCAAAGCUAAUUCUUACAGACUGGGCCAGUUGACACAUUAUUCAGUGUAGACAGGUGAAAAUUCCUUUGCGAUACACAUUUCAGGCUGCUAUUGACGGCAUUGUAUUGUGCAUCUACCAAAGUGCUGACUGAAAUAAAUUGGUAAAUUGCCACCUGUCUGCGAUAA